GAUAUUGAGUGCCUGAGUGAAAGAAAGAGAGUAGUUUACGGAGUUGGUGACUGUUAACUGGCACUGUUUAUUGUGAUCUCCAUAGCGGACGAUAUGAAUUUGUUAGGUGCAGACGACAGGGAGUGAUACAGAGAGAUUAAGUGAAACGGUGGGGAAAAGGUGGGAGAUCAAUAUUGGUCGAAGGAUUAUAAAUAUAUGAUUGAAGACAAAAAUAAAGUAAUUAUAAACGAGAAAUUUAUAAGAAAAUUGAAUGAAAGUAAAAGAUUUCAGUGAAAUGAAUAGCUUUUGCUGAAAAAUAUAAUUGAUUAAUAAAUAAUAGCGGCGUAUAAAGGAAUCAUACACGAGAAAAGUUUGCAUUUACAAAAGGAAAAUACGGUUUUCGGAAGAAGGAAUAAGAGAAGGAGUAAGAAAGGAGAGAAGGCGUGUGCAUUUAAUGUGCAUGUUUAUAUUAUUAAUUAGUUAUUAUUCAGAUUAUUUAAAUACCGCUUAAUCUGAGUAUCGAACAGAACGAAAAAGUAACGAAGUAAAUAAAAUAAAUAAAAAAUGGUCGUUAUAAGGAACUACCUGGCCAUGUGGUUAUUUGUUUUAAUUGCAAAUACCAUAACAUCUGUUGAAUCAAGAAAAAUUUUGAACAUCGCCGUGAUUUUGCCGGACGACAAUGCGUAUCCCUUUUCUAUUGAUAGGGUGAAACCGGGCUUAUCAAUCGCUGUCAAGACUAUCAAAACACUUGAACUCUUAUCGGAUAAUUACGAUUUACAUGUCAACUAUGCCAACUCACGUUGUUCUUUUGUGUAUCCUAUUAACGAAGCGAUUAAAUUCUACGUCCGCAAGGAACUUGAUGUCAUUUUUGGCCCAUUCUGUGACUACGCAGCAGCACCUCUUGCAAGACAGAUAACAUUCUGGAGUAUACCCAUGCUGACUGCCGGUGCAAUGGCAGCAGAUUUUGCAAGGUACAGAUUAGUGCAUUACCCAUUACUGACAAGAAUCGGACCAAACUUCGUAUCUUUGACACAAUUCCUUUCGACGAUGCUGCGUGAGUAUAAGUGGAACAUUGUCCAACUAUUAUAUGAUCCAUAUGGACAAGGAUAUUUCGAGGAUAAAUUCUGUCAUAUUGCUAGUGAUAGCAUCCAUUAUGGCUUGAAGGACGAAUUCAAGGCACCGUACCAAAAAUUUGAAAAAACGGAGGAUCUACUAACGGAACUAGGAACUGUCCUUGGCGUAAAUGUUGCAGGUCAUUCCUGAUCGAACAGACCCACAACCAUCUCAUCUCCUUAGGACUAUGAAAG